GGCGUUGUGGUAUAAAAGCAAGGCGAUAAACCUAAACACCACAAACUGCUUUUACAGAGUAAAGAUCUACCUUAAAGCAAGGUCCCAACAUCAUCGUCACCAUGCCACCACAAAGUCCAGAAGAUCUCGACACUCGUGCGGUCAUUGACCCAGAGAUUGACGCUAUCCUCAAAUCGGGCAAAUUCACCUUACCCAAACUCGACACAUCAUCAGUCGAAGCCGGGAUCAAACAACUACGCAACCUGGAGACGCUCUUCCCUCCACCACCACCGACCCCCGAAGUCGCAGAGUCCAUUCACGAAUUCACUGCGCGUGACGGCUUCCGACUCGUUUACCACAUCUUCCAACCCGCAACUUCUCCGACCCGAGGUGCCCGACGACCACUCCUGAUCUACUGGCACGGCGGCGGCGGUUGCAUGGGCGAUCCGUACUCGGUCUGCACCGUGGCUCGAGACCUGGUGGUGGCGCACGACAUGGUGGUCGUGAGUCCGCAGUACCGUUUGGCCCCCGAACACCCGUGGCCCACGGGGAUGAACGACGCUUGGGACGCCUUUGUACACGUUUCCACCACGGCGUCUUCACUUACUCUCGGAGCCGACGUUUCCGCCGGCCUUCUCCUGGGUGGUGUCAGCCAGGGCACUCGCCUCUCAAGCCUCGUCGCCCUACAGGCCAAAGGUGCCAUCGCCGCGACCACCCCGCAACCGCAACUCCCCAGGGUGACCGGUCUGUACUUUGACGCCCCUUCUUUCAUGACACCGGACAAUGUACCCGAGGAGUACAGGUCACAAUACCGUUCUCGACACGACGAGAGAUGUCUCACGGCGCCCGUCCUCGACGCCGACACAAAGGCACUCUUCGACAGGGCUUUCCAGGCCGACCAGACGUCACCCCUGUACGUGGCGUUGAACACGAUGCCUCUGUCCAAGCACGCCGGGGUGGCCGACCGUGCAUACUUUUCCGUCUGUGGGAUGGACAUUCUGAGGGAUGACGGGUUGAUCUACGCGGAUAUACUGGAGAAGACGGGGGUCGAGACCCGCGUGACAAUGUACCCUGGCACGCCACACGUAUUUUGGUCCAUCUUUCGAAUGACGACUCAGGCCCAGAAAUGGAAACAAGACAAGACAGAUGGUGUAAAAUGGUUACUCGGGAGAGAGUGAGUGUAUGUCCAUGUGAUUGAGCAAUUCUGGACAUUGGUAUUGUGUAGAAUGUACUUUCCCUACUCUUUCGAUGUAUAUAU